AUGGCUGCCGAAAACAAGCCGGAAGGGUUGAAGAAGAUAAGAAAUCCAGAGCGAAUGGUCAGGAUUGCUGUUGGUUACACGGGACACACCCCUCCCAAGAGUGAUGACACUGACGCCAACAGUGAGCCAGGCCAGUUGAAAAUCUACCUUCCUAAGAAGCUACUAGAGUGUCUGCCCAAAUGUUCCUCUCUGCCCAAGGAGCGCCAUCGUUGGAACACUAACGAGGAGAUUGCUGCGUAUCUCAUCACUUUUGAGAAACACGAUGAGUGGCUGACGACAUCGCCAAAGACCAGGCCUCAAAAUGGUUCCAUGAUCCUCUACAACCGCAAGAAGGUGAAGUACAGGAAAGAUGGAUACUGCUGGAAAAAAAGGAAAGACGGGAAGACCACCCGAGAGGAUCACAUGAAGCUCAAAGUCCAGGGUGUGGAGUGUCUGUAUGGCUGCUACGUCCACUCCUCCAUCAUCCCCACCUUCCACCGUAGAUGCUAUUGGCUGCUGCAGAACCCAGACAUCGUGCUGGUGCACUAUCUGAAUGUUCCAGCAGUGGACGACAGCGGGAAGCCAUGUGGUCCUGUUCUCUGUUCUAUCAACACAGACAGGAAGGAGUGGGCCAAGUGGAGCAAGGAGGAGCUCAUCGGACAACUCAAACCUAUGUGUGCUGGAAGCAGCCUACACCAAAAAUGUUCAGGUGUCAAGCAGCGCAUCAUCUCAUCCAAGCAGGAGUCAGGGGCAGCAGCAGGGGGUGGUGCUACAGCGGGUGGCGGCGCUACAGCAAGCCAGAGAUCUGAGGAAGCAGAUGGCACCGAGGUCCAGAACAGUGAUGUGUCAGAAGGCCAGACAGAGCCCAGUCCCGGGGGGCGGCGGAGCAGGGCUGGCGGAGGAGACAGGAGGAACGGCCGAAUGACGAAGCCCUCACUCCUCCCGCAGAGCAGCAUGGAAGUGUCCUCGUCUACCUCCACCAAUCAAGUGGAAGUCCCUGACACCACCCAGAGUUCCCCACUGUCGAUCACCAGUGAUAUGGCUGACAGCCCUGCCCUCGCCAUUAGUGCUGGCCUGUCGCAGAGCACUGCUGUCUUCAUGUCUGAAGUCACCACGCUGACUGGAGAUUCGGUUUACUCAGCUGGCCACACACACCUCCUGCCGUCCACUCAUGAGAGCACCGCCACUGGCAUCCUGUUGGCUGUUGCCCCCGAGAACCAGAGGUUUGCGUCAUUUCCUGGUGGGGUCGGCUUGGGAGAGGGAGGAGAGUUGGUUCUUUCCAGCUCACUGGACUCCGGCGGAGGGGUCAACCUUCCAGAGACCGCCAUGACGUUUGACCCUGACUGCUUCCUUAAUAACCCCAAGCAGGGUCAGACAUAUGGGGGAGGUGGAGGGAAGACUGAGGGGUGUAACGGUAAUGAUGGGGGGAUCCACUGUUCAUCUAACGGUUUUGUCUACAGCCCAUCCCUUGUCAACAACAUCAAGAAGGAAGCGACACCUAUGGAGCAGCCACUAGCCCCUCAGAGCAGUUAUGUGGGAGAGGGGGCAGGCCUCAGCCCCAGUACCACUCUGGAGCAGAUGGACUUUAGUGCUGUCAUGUCAUCACCGUGCGUCCCGAGUCUAACUCAGUCCGCGCACCACCCUUCGCCAAACCUCUUCCUCCAGACCUCCACGCACACAAACCAGCCCUCCCAGCAGCAGAGCACCGCUGAGGCGCCACAGGAAUCAGAUGAAGCUCGGGGUUACAUAAGCCUGCCAGCAGACACCCCGCUCACCAACGGAGACCACCAUACCCACCUGCACCAAACCAGUCAAGACCAGACCCUGUGUGGCAGGAAUGGGAAAGGAGCAUCGGUGGGCUCUUUCCCCCUGACGAGUGGGGACGCUAAUGUCGACCAGCCUGGUAGUGGAGUUCGUCAGGAUGUCGGUGGCAAAGUUCUCGAGAAUGGAGGAGAGUUAAUGCUCAAGUCUGGAGCUGCACACGAGGCUUACGCCAGUGUGGACACUGAACACUACCUUCAACCUACAGAUGGCAAUGGAGUUGGGGGGGGAGGGGAGUCGGGCUGUGGUACUGCAGGAGGAGGUGAAAACGAAAUCCUUUGUAAUGGAGUAAGCUUGCCCGGGGCCGGUGCCUCAGUGGUAGCCAGUCCUCAGUCUAUAGCCGCUGGUGCAAGCAUUGAAAGGGCACUCUACAAUUCCUCUCUUCCUCCACAAGGUGGAAGUGUAUCCGGCACUUCGACUGGAGCAGGAGCAGCCAUCAGCCUGGAAGGGUUUGAGGCUUCAUUUGGAAGCCAGUUCUCUGAUCUCAUCAAUGAUUUCAUCUCAGUUGAAGGGUCAGCAGGUGGGGUUGGGGCUGCUGUCAAUGGCGUGCUGAUGCCUCAGGAAGGGGCAGUGGGAGAGGACCAAGCUACAGUGGAAGGGCACCUGCAGGGUUCCGAAGUGGAGCAGGGAGCUCUGGGAAUACUCCAAGAGACCGGCAGGCUGUUUGGUGUGACAGACUACUCCCCAGAGUGGUCUUAUCCUGAGGGCGGUGUGAAGGUGCUUAUCACAGGCCCGUGGUUGGAGUCAAGCGCUGAGUACAGCUGUCUUUUUGACCACAUCAGCGUACCUGCUGCCCUCAUACAACCUGGCGUACUACGCUGCUACUGUCCAGCUCACGACACAGGACUCGUCAUGCUGCAGGUGGCCAUGGGUGGCGAGGUCAUCUCUUCUUCAGUGGUCUUUGAAUACAAGGCCCGCGACCUUCCUGCCCUCCCAUCCUCUCAGCAUGACUGGCUGUCUUUGGAUGAUACCCAGUUCAGGAUGUCCAUCUUGGAGCGCCUGGAGCAGAUGGAACAGAGGAUGGCCGAUAUAACCAAUCAAAACCCAUGCUCAGAAACUAUGGCAACCAAGAGUGAAGGUGCAGAGGGAGGGGGAACCGAACAGCAGUCUCAAACCUCUCCCGACCACAGUUCAUUUGAGGGUCGUGUUGUGGUUGUGUGUGAGAAGAUGAUGUCACAGCCGUGUUGGGCUUCCUCCAAUCAGCUCGUCCACAGCAAGAACUCAAGAGGAAUGACCUUAUUACAUCUGGCCGCAGCACAGGGCUAUGCCGGGCUGAUUCAGACUCUCAUCCGCUGGCGUACCAAGCAUGCUGACAGUAUUGACCUCGAGCUGGAGGUGGAUCCUCUAAAUGUCGACCACUUCUCAUGCACACCACUGAUGUGGGCAUGUGCUCUGGGUCAUACUGAUGCAGCACUGGUGCUUUACCAGUGGGACCCAAGAGCUUUGGCCAUUCCCGAUUCUCUGGGACGCUUGCCGCUCAACAUCGCCAGAUCCCGCGGCCACACACGACUGGCCGAACUCUUGGAGCAGCUACAACAAAGUCCUCAAACUCCAAGUCAGGCUGCUGACAUAUGGAUGGACCGGUGGAGAGGAGGCUCUGAGCUCAACAGAAUAAAUAACAGUCACUCCUCAAAUCCAAAUUCAGAACUGAGGAGAUCCAGGACUGAGAGCCAGUCCAACAACCAGAACUGGAACCAAACAGGACACAGAACUUCACAGGAAACCCAGGGAGAGCAAGGGGGUCCACCCGCAGCUAAGAGACUCAAACCCACUCAGCAACAGCUCACUAAUUCAGUCUCGAGCAACCUCAACCCCCUCCCCAACCACCACAGACCCAACACUCACCCUUCGCCUCUAUCACGGCCUCAACCAACCCAACAUCCCAACCUCAACAAUCGGAGCGCACCUCCUGCCAGCUACAGUCCUGACUGUCCGCAGCUCCCCACCCCCUCCUUCCCCCACCUGCAGGCCAGGAUAGGGGAAUCUGGAGGGGGCACCAGAUGGAGCCUGAGACAGACUCUGGGGCAGCGUAGCCUCGCCAGGAGGAUUUUAGGGAAGGAGAGACUGGCUGUUCACCUGCGCCAGAGAGUCCUAUCUGAUAGGGGGGAGGAGACAGAGCUGCUGACCUAUCAGGAUAACACAGAGGACUUGCAGAUGGACAUUUCAAUGCUUGCUGAUCACAUCAUGGAGACAUCCACUGCUCGACUUAAACAGGAGGAUAUGGAGACUGAAACAGACUCUGGAAGGGUGGGCCUCAGCGGCGAUGUCAAACUACUGUCUGGUUAUCUUGCUGAGGUGGAAAGGUUCCUCAAUGCCAAGCCCCAGACUCCCGGCCCGAAACCGAACUCUCACUCAGGGCCUGAGGGUGAGCAAAGUUGUCAAACUGAGCAAAGCCCAGCCACGCCCCUCGACUGGAUCUCCUUCCUCUCUGCAGCUAUGAAAGCAGAACGGUUGAAAAUGGACUCCUCCUUUCUUGCCAUGACGGAAGCCGAGCAGAGAGAGCUGUGUGAGACCAUCAGGAAUGCUCUGCACUCCCUUAGAAAACACAAGGGUCCUAUUCAGGAACAACGCAAAGAGAUUGCAGCAGUGAUUCAACGCUGCUAUAAGAGAUACAAGCAGUAUGCACUUUAUAAGAGGAUGACCCUGGCAGCCAUCCUGAUCCAGAGUCGUUUCCGGAGUUUUCACGAGAAGAGGAAGUUCCAGCAAAGUCGCAGAGCAGCAGUCCUCAUACAGCAAUACUAUCGCUCCUACAGACACUCCCUCAGCAACCUUCUAACUAAAAAACAGAACCAAGCAGCACGCAAGAUCCUGAGGUUCCUGCUUCGAUGCCGCCACAGGGUCAGAGAGCAGAAAAAGGACAGGGGUCCUGAGAGUCCUCCACCAGGCCCCACCCACAGCCCACUAAGCCUGUGAUAUUCCCCUCUCUCCUUCUUUAUCAUUUUCUUCUCCAAACUAUAUCCCAUACUGCCCUCUCUCCUGCCCCUUCCAUUCUCUUUUCUCCCUUUUUUGCUCGCCCUCUAUCCUGUCUUCUGUCGUGAGGAAGAAUCUUCUCAGACAGACGGAGGACAGGAUAGGUGUCCAUCAUGGCAGCUCAGACAGACAGACAGACAGACAGACUACUAGGGCAAGCCCAGGGAUCUGGCUCUGUCCAAAGAACUGAUCCUCCUCCACAGUUCACUGGGAGGCCAUCACAUUAACCUCAUGGCAUUGUUUGCACUCUUCAUGGGUAUGUUUCCAAACGGGAGGAAGCGGAUGGCGGCUGGUGACGGCGCGGCGCCGAUUGGAUGUGGUGCAAGGCUUCAGCUCGCUCACUCGCCAAAGGCAACUUUGACUUGCCGAACUCAUGCAAAGCCCGUCGCGUUUUGUGCCCAAACACUGAUCCAUGAAAGGAUGAGAAAACAUAAACCAAAAAAAAAAGAAAAACGCACUUCUAUGUUGCAUUUGCAUGCAGGUUAUUUCUUCGUUCCUUUCGCUCAUUCCUCCUCGCCAUCAUGCUGAAGAGCUCUCGAGGCAAACCAUCCUGUUAAUGCGGUAUAACCACAAUAUUCACCAACCACUCUGACUCACAUUACUUACAAACGUAUCAAUCAGUCACCGGAUCAAAAGGGGAGGAACCUACUUGAAUGUAAGAGGAGCAUUGUUUCCAUGAGGGUCGGGGUCUGAAUUAACGAUGUCUUAAUUUGUUACAUGGACUUUGUAUGGCGUUCGUUCUCAGAGGCGGGACUUUGCUCGCCCGCGUGCUGUCAGUGUUUGUUCAAUUCAAUGCAUGUGUUUGAGCCAAGAGCUCCUGCAUGCUUGCCAAACUGCUUUCGUGUUGUUUCUUUUGUAUUUCUACUGUAUGUGUAGUUGUGUCUCACUGGUCUCAUCGACUUAUCCUUGCCCUGCGUAAUGUGAAUUGUGUAAGGACAAAUGACAUAUUUUGGGUGCUUUUUCUUAAAAAAAAAAAACGACAACAACAAAGUUUAUUUAUUUAGGGGUCUAAUUAUUUAUUUAAGAGUGGUUAAGAUUGACACAGGUUUCCCCCCCUCCCUUAUGUGCUAAAAUAUGACAUGUUGCAGUGGUUAAAUGUCUCUGUUAGUUUGUUCUUUGCGUGAACCUCUAAAUCCUAGCUGUCAUUUGAGGAAAGAGUCACAUACAGUAACAUUGCCUUGACUUCUUCCUGACUCUUGAGAGGUCUCUAUGCUUGCUCUGUACAGGACGCGGGUCCAGUACCUACCCAGAUACAGGGCACUGAUCCCCGUAUUAGCCCAUUCGGGCAAUCAAAUCCAUAUUUUGGACUACUGCAUAUUCCUGUAUAUAAACUGACGAGGUAAGGGGAUAUGAGGACCCUGAAACUUUUUCAUAAGAGGACUGUAUUUAAGAUUAUAAAUUAUUUUACUCCCAUAAUGAGAACUUAACAUAGAGACCUGGCUACACAGGACGGCUGUAUCGCUUGUAAAUAAUGUAGAUAUUACAAACUGAGUAAUGUGCAUGAUAUUUAAGACGCAGAAACAACAAAAAGAACAUGUUACUGGCUAUGGACUGUGAGAGGAUUUUAACGGCUUCACUUUAAGAGUAUCCACUAUAAGUGUUACUGAAAAGAACAUUUUGUUCAAGCAUGCAAAUGAAAAAUCUGAUGUUAGAAUUAAAUAAGUGGGAAAACAAAGUUAGUUGAAACAAUGAUCUUUCAGACAAAACAUUUACACAUUGUGCUUUUGUUCUUUGGCUCGCAAAAAUCUAACACUUUUUGCCGGUAGUGCCAAUUAUAAUGAAUGCUAUUUUGCCUAAUUUUACGUUGGGGAAAAAAAAAACACCCAAAAGAUAGAAAGAUGCACAGAGGCAACACACGCAGACAAUAAACAGUAGACAAGAUAGUAAUAGCUCAACAGUAGUUCGACUAGAGGAUGACAUUGAAGAUGCAAUUGUUAAAAUAAUGAUGAAGAUGCUGAGAAAGUUUAAAUGUGAAUGCAUUGACCCAAGAAAAAAAAAAAAGCAAGAGGGUGCUACAUUCUUUACAAUGUGGUUGUGCUUCAGCAACAUGCUACCUUUAGUUUAAACAAUUCUCGCCAUUCGGUCAAACAGAAUGUCUCCUUCUCACUCUUCAUUUCUUUUUCUCUUCAUUGUCACUGCUGUUAUAUAUAACAUGUGCUUAAGCACUCUGGAAAGCUCUGUUUAGGAAGUGCCUGAUCAAUAACAGAAAAGUGCAAGUUCAUAUCAGGAAAUAGCUAUUGUAUGUUCUCCGAAUGGCUGCCAGUUCCCUUUUUCUUUUUCCUAAAUGGUGUAUUAAACAAAUGUCAGUGUCGGACUUGAUUCAACUUCCAUGCAAGUUACAAGUUACAUGCACUAAUUUGUCAGACGUUGGACUGAAUGCUCAUUUGUCAUUUUUCAGCCGCUUGUGUGUGCGUAUGUGUGUGUGUGUGUGUGUGUGUGUGCGUGUGUGUAUGUAUUGUACAGUAUUUGAAUCCCACAUUCUCUGAAUUCUCUUUAUAAAAGAUACUGUCGCAAGUCAAUCAAA